AUGUCCGACAACGAGACUGCUAGUACUCCAGCUCAAGCCAAUGGCGGUAUGAGCCAGGUCGAAGUUGAUUUUCUCAUGUGCUGUCUUCGUAAUACUACUGGUGGCUCUAUCCAGGUAAGUUAUCUUGUCGCGCCUUCGAUUUUCUCAUGCUGCCAUCGUUCUUUUACCCACCAUCUUUGAUUUGCGACGCACAAAUACUACUGUAAUAUACUUCCACAUUUCAACAUCGCAGUGAUAUCUCAGGUCCUUCAAUUUCCUUUUAAUUACGAAUUCUCUUCUAAAAAUACAAAAAACAAGUCUUGCUUCAUUCUUGCGCGGCACGACAUCACAACAUCGUGACUGUAAUGGCUUGUCCUUUUUGGAAAACCCUCGCGAGAAAUAUUUCACAUCCUCUUCAAUUUCGCAUUACACUUUCAUGCCGCACAUUUUGAUUUUCCAAUUAUUGUCCCCAAUAGCUGAUUAGGGAAAAAUUUUCAAGGUCGAUACUCAAAAAGUCGCUCAACUCUUGAACUACAAGAACCCUCGUUCAGUAAGUCAUACUCUUAUCUAUUCGAUCUUUCAUUACCUGACCUAUACUAUAGGUUUCCAACAAGGUUUCCAGCAUCAAGAAGAAGUAUAACCUUCCCUUCGGUGCUUCCAGCCGCACCGCCGAAGAGAUGGCAGUAAGCAAGCCUGGCAAGGGUGACGCUUCACCAAAGAAGGCAUCUGAUGCAAAUGGUGAUAAUGAGCCCGCCGUUCCUACCACCCCUUCCAAAAAUAGGGUCACCAAGGCCAAAGCCACUCCAAAACCUCGCGUCAAGAAGACACCAGCGAAGAAGUCCACCAAGAAGGUUGCCGCUGAGGACUCCGAAGAGGAAGAGCUUAGCGACGUUAAGGAUGAGGAGAUGGAAGAUGCCAAAGAGGAAAUCGAUGAAUAGAUAUCUUCACGUCAUAUCUUUUCAGGGGCUGGUGUUGGUGCUUAUAUAGCUGAGGUGUCAUAU